GUGUUGACGUCAGGCCGCGUGUGCGGACGUGUUGACGUAGGGCCAGCCAGGCUGGUGAGGCGACGCCGGUUGCGCUGAGUGUGCGUGGACGCUGCAGGAUGUUUCGGAGGAAGCUGGCCGCCUUAGAGUACCACAACAGCGGCGUGUUUGACUGCAAAGAUGAGGUGGGCUUCAGGAAUUUAAUAGUGUGGCUUGAAGAUCAGAAGAUAAGGCAUUAUAAAAUUGAAGAGAGAGGCACCCUCAGAAAUGUGCAGAAUAAUGAAUGGCCCAAACACUAUGAAAAGUACCUCGCAGAUGUAAACUGCCCAUUCAAGGCUGAAGAAAGACAGGAAAACCUUGACUGGCUUCUGGGCUUGGCAGUGAGACUUGAAUAUGCUGAUAAUGUGGAUAAAUACAAGAAUUGUACAGCAGACAAUGUAAAGAAUGAUGCCACGAAAGGCACAGAUCCACUUAUCAACUUGGAUGUGAACAACCCCGACUUUAAGGCUGGUGUGAUGGCAUUAGCUAACCUCUUGCAAAUCCAGCGGCAUGACGAUUACCUGAUAAUGUUGAAGGCAAUUCGAAUAUUGGUGCAAGAGAGAUUAAGCCCAGAAGCCAUUGCAAACGCAAACCGUGCAAAGGAGGGUUUUACUGUAAGCUUAGAAAAGCAUCUACUUGGCUUUGAUACGGGAGAUGCCACUUUGAAUGAAGCUGCAAGAGUUCUCCGACUGCUGCAUAUUGAGGAAUUACGAGACCUUCAGACCAGGAUUAAUGAAGCUAUUGUAGCUGUUCAAUCAAUUAUAGCAGAUCCCAAAACUGAUCACAGGCUUGGAAAAGUUGGAAGAUGAUCAAAAGCUGUAAAUUUGACAACUUUUCGAUACCGAUUUUGAAACUCUGUAGACAAUAUAGAUGCUGGACUCAUGUUUUGAAUCUGAGUAAACUGUUUACUAAAUAGAAUAAAUGCUAAAAUAUCGCAAA